UGGAUUUGCUUGUGUGAAGAUCAAUUUUUAGCAAUUCCGGAGGAAAAGUGAAUUUUCAGUGAAAAACAGGGCCCCAAACGGGUCAAAACCGAUCGCCAUGGAGGGAACCGACGUCAUGCUGACGAUCAACAACUUUUUCGAGAACGAAAUGCUGGAUUUUGAUGUAAGUGACCUGAAAAUCAACCAGAUCCAAACAAAAAAAAACGAACACGACCAACGGCGCUGCAGCAUCAACUUCCUUCCGCCGCCGCCGCUGACGCAAUUUCCGAGAUCUUCCUUACUACUUCUUGUGUUGCCCAUAAAAAAAACCACAAUAAUUCAAACCAAAAGCAAAGCACCAAUAGAUCAAAGAAUACUUGCUCUUAAACACAAAAAUCUGCUACAGCUACUACCACUUCAUAAAUAGAAGGCAUUGAAUAUCUCGAACCGAAGAAGCGAAAGCGAUGAGUACCUCUUCCAUCUUCUAAUAAUACCUACUACUACUACCGUUAUUUCGUUAAUACAACAAUCGCCUAUUUAUUCAACACCACCAGUUUCGUUCUUUUGAGUAACCGUGUAACUUCCAACAAACCUCCCGCCCACUCGCUAGAUCGCCAAUCUGAACCGUUUUUCGCCCAUUGUUUAGUCACUGUCAUUCUACCUUUGUUGUACCAUACCUAUAUCCGUUUUGUUAUUUGAACCCGCCCAUGUCGUUUUAACUUUUUGAGUAGAUUGUGUCCAGUUUCACUCAUCUUCGUUCCGUUGUGAAGCUAUCAACCAUAAUUCCGAUAAAAAAACCAAAAAGGUUCAUACAUUCCCCGCCCCUUUUCCUGUUGUCCCCACGUGUUCUAUAUGUGUUUUUGCGUAGCAACGCUCCCCGAACAAUGAACUAUUAACCGUUACUUGCAAAUUACAGGGGAGCAGUGGCUUAGAAUGUCCCGAUCUAGAUUUCAUUUACGCCGACACCGAUGUUCACGCGAACGAAAUCGCCGAACUGUACAGCUACACCGAACAGGCCGAAUUCCAAUACAAUGUCAAGGCCUUCGAGGACCAGAUGGAGUACUACAACCUGCCCCCGAGCUGGCAGAAGCUAACGGAGGCGGAACAGCGUGGCAUCAUCCUGAAGCUGCUGGACCAGCUGGACAUGUGCAAGAAAAGUUUGCGCAUGAAGGCGGCCCGCUGCAUCUUGUACCUGGCGCAGGGCUGCUGGGCCGAGGUCCAGUGCGACCAGGAACAGCAAACCAUUGCCCGGCGGAACGUUAUGCUGCUCUACGAUGCCGGCGUGUUCGGCGCCUUUGUGGAACUGUUGAACCUGGAAAUCGACAACUCAUCAACUGCAAGCAUUGCCAUUCGCAAGGUGGCCGUUUCGUUGGCCGAUUCCGUUGACUUACGAGUUAUUCUUUCGGUGCUGUACAUCAUAACGGAAGUGAUGCGAGUGGAGAAAGACAGCGCCAAUGGCGAAUACGCUCAUCUGGUGGCCAACUUUACCAAUGAAAUCACUUACCCCAUCGGUGAUGAGCUGCUAUCAGUGAAGUUGCUCGGUAUGAUCACGAAAUUUUGCAGCGGUUCUGCACCGCACUUUCCCAUGAAGAAAGUUUUGCUGCUGCUCUGGAAAGUGUCGCUCGUAUCGCUGGGUGGAAUGGACACAUUGCGAAAUUUGAAAGAUAAAUAUCGCACCGCUGCUGGCCUCUCGUCCAUUCGCGAGGACACCCUCGAGGUGUCGAAGGUCAUGCGGGCCAGUUCACCACCCAUCACAGCGCCCUCGAACGAUGACAAUCCGAACCCGAAGCGGAGCAAACCUUUCCGAAGAGUAUGUACGAACACUACUAGUCAGUUGCAAGAGAGUCUGAUCAAGCAAACCUCACUGGAUGAGCAGGAACAGCUGGGACUGGAGAUGGAAUCGGCAGCCGCUUCCGAAAAUGAGGAGGAAUUGUCCGAAUUCUUUCGGCAGUACGAAGAUCCCGUGAAUGGGGCUAAUGGGGCCCCUGCCAAUCCCGACAAUCCCUCAGAAAAUUCCGCGGAAAAUACUCCUCCCGCCGAGCAGCAGGAACCUGCACCGGAACCGGAGCUGACCAACAAACUACCAUGGGCGCCGAAAAUCCGGCGGAAAGAUAUCGAUGUAUUUCUGAACGCUUCACGCAGCAAGUUCAUCGGUUUCAUACUGAAGGAUGAUCACCAAACACUGGCCGGACUGCCACAGCCAAUCCAGGAAGGUUUCCAUACUCUCAAAAAGCACAUGUACGUAAGUCUGGCAGACGUUCAGAUCAAGAAGGAAGAGGACAUAACUCGCAAUCCAAUUUCGACGUCGGAGGGCGAGAUUUGUCAAACGCCAACCGAAAUACUCUACCAAGCAAUACUGCCAAAUCUGCCCCAGUAUAUGAUAUCGCUGUUGAAGAUCCUCCUGGCGGCUGCGCCGACCUCAAAAGCAAAAACCGAAAGUAUCAACAUUAUGGCCGAUGUUCUUCCGGAGGAUAUGCCCAUGACCGUGACCCAAUCGACCAAACUUGGCAUGGACGUCAGUCGGCACAAGGAAAUCAUCGUGAAAGCCGUUUCGGCCAUUUUACUGCUGUAUCUGAAGCAUUUCAAGAUCAACCACAUAUACCAGUUCGAGUUCAUGUCCCAACAUUUGGUGUUUGCGAACUGCAUUCCCUUGGUGUUAAAAUUCUUCAACCAGAACAUUAUGAGCUACGUAGGUUCGAAAAACGCCAUCCCCAUCAUGGACUUCCCGUCCUGCGUCAUCGGAGAGCAACCGGAACUUACGUCCGAAUCUCUCAUCAUCGGCGAUUCUGCGCCCUAUUCGUGGAGAAACGUGUUCUCGUGCAUAAAUCUGCUACGAAUUCUGAAUAAGCUGACCAAGUGGAAGCACUCCCGCAUCAUGAUGCUCGUAGUAUUCAAAUCUUCACCGAUUCUCAAACGGACGCUUAAAGUACGACAUGCCCUAAUGCAGCUGUACGUUUUGAAGCUGUUAAAAAUGCAAACCAAAUAUCUCGGCCGACAGUGGCGCAAGUCUAACAUGAAAACCAUCAGCGCGAUCUACGCCAAGGUGCGGCAUCGCCUCAACGACGAUUGGGCCUACGGAAACGAUCUGGACGCCCGGCCUUGGGAUUUCCAGGCUGAGGAAUGCGCUCUCCGAAACUGUGUCGACAGGUUCAAUAACCGUAGAUAUCUGCAGGUCAGCCAACCCGACUUUAUCGCCAACGAAUUCGACGAUCCGAUCGAGGGCGAUACAGUGAACGGCGUGGUCGUAGGAGGAGGUGGUGGUGGAAGUAUUGGCAACGGAACCAACGGCAAUGGGCGCAAAUUUGACGAGGUCGAACUAAGCGAAGAGUUUAAGCAGAACUACGAGCUAUGGUUGCAGCAGGAGGUGUUCAAUAACAAUAUCGAUUGGGAUGCACUGCUUUCGAGUGAAGAUUUCGUGUAAGCAUGAUAACCCACGACACGUUACGG